GAGAAGUCAUUCGUCAUCAGCCGGGAGAGAGAUGCUGCAGGUUUCGACUCCAUCUGAGCUGUUUAUCAUAAACAUGUGUGUGAUCGGAUAGAGGACAGUCCCAGUCCUCACGCGCUGGGGAGAGAGAGAGAGAGAGGGACAGAUCGGAAAUCACUUACAUUACAUCUGUUGCAGUUUUGCUGAAGAACUGAAGAAGAACAAAGAGUGAAAAUGAAACAUUGUUACUUUUUUAAAGGCGCCGACGCUCCGACAUCCUGAUCAGAUUUUUUUAUUUUUGGUCGGACUGAGAAUAAACCCGAGGCUCUCUCACUCUCUGUCUCUCUCUCUCACACUCUCUCUCUCUCUUACUCUCUCACUCACUCACUUCAAUGGAGCUUUUGGACGCAGUUUUGCAAGACGCUAAACAUUUACAGCACUAAAGCAGGAGGAAACCCUGAAGGAGGAGGAGGAGGAGAAGCAGGAGGAGGAGGAGAAGCAGGAGGAGAAGCAGAAGGAGCCCGAGGCUGCUGUGAGUCCGCAAUGUUCGACUGUAUGGAUGUUCUGAGUCCGGGGCAGAUGCUGGAUCUGUGCAGCGCCGCUCCCGCCUGUCUGCUGCAGGAGAAAGCGCUCAAAGCCUGUUUCAGCGGAAUCUCACACACAGACUGGAGACUCCGGCACAGCGCGCACUCCAUCGAGACACAAAGCAGUAGUUCGGAGGAACUGGUGCCCAGCCCGCCCUCGCCCCUGCCUCCUCCACGCGUCUACAAGCCCUGCUUCGUGUGCCAGGACAAAUCCUCUGGGUACCACUAUGGCGUCAGUGCCUGCGAGGGGUGCAAGGGUUUCUUCCGCAGGAGCAUCCAGAAAAACAUGGUGUACACAUGUCACAGGGACAAGAACUGUAUUAUCAACAAGGUGACGAGGAACCGUUGCCAGUACUGCCGUCUGCAGAAGUGCUUUGCUGUUGGAAUGUCGAAAGAAUCUGUGCGGAAUGACCGGAAUAAAAAGAAGAAGGAAAGUCCAAAGCCGGAGCUGACGGAAACCUACGAGCUCACGGCUGAGCUGGAGGCCAUCAUUGAAAAGAUCCGGAGGGCUCACCAGGAGACAUUCCCGUCCCUCUGCCAGCUGGGCAAAUACACCACAAACUCAAGUGCUGACCACCGUGUGCGUCUGGAUCUGGGUCUGUGGGAUAAGUUCAGUGAGCUAGCCACCAAGUGCAUUAUCAAAAUCGUGGAGUUUGCCAAAAGGGUGCCGGGCUUCACUGGACUCACUAUCGCUGACCAGAUCACUCUGCUCAAAGCCGCCUGCCUGGACAUACUGAUCCUGCGUAUCUGCACACGGUACACACCAGAUCAGGACACCAUGACCUUCUCAGAUGGACUGACACUAAACCGGACGCAGAUGCACAACGCUGGAUUCGGGCCGCUCACAGACCUGGUGUUCACCUUCGCCAACCAGCUCCUACCCAUCGAAAUGGACGACACAGAGACAGGCCUGCUCUCGGCCAUCUGCCUCAUCUCCGGAGAUCGUCAGGACCUGGAGGAGCCAUCCAAGGUGGACCAACUCCAGGAACCUCUUCUGGAAGCACUGAAGAUCUAUGUGAGAAAGCGCAGGCCCAGCAAGCCCCACAUGUUCCCCAAGACCCUUAUGAAGAUCACGGAUCUCCGCAGCAUCAGCGCCAAAGGUGCCGAGAGAGUCAUCUCUCUAAAGAUGGAGAUCCCUGGUUCCAUGCCUCCUCUCAUUCAGGAGAUGCUGGAGAACUCCGAAGGCCAGGAUGGGCAGAGCUCUUUGGAAAAGAGCAGUGUGGAAGAAAAUGGCAGCUCAGUCGAACUGAAAUCUGCCAUGUCGCCGUCUCCAGAACCCAGUUCCUCGUUGAGCGAGGAACCUUAGAGGCAGAGUAGGAAGAACUUAAUGUCUCUUUUAUUGUACGCACUACAAGUGGACCAUCACUGCUACCUAAUUCCCAGUGUAAAUGUUUUUUUUUUAAAAAAAGAAUUCAUUCCACCUUUUCUUCAUGUACGACUACAAAAAUACUCGAAACAAGGACGGUCGUCAAGGAUGAAAAUGUGCUUAGCGCUUAAAAACAUUCACGCAUUCGUACUAUGGAACUUCCAACACACUCAAGUGUGUAUGCGAGCACUUUUUUGUGUUCCUGAAUGCCUAACAGAGGUGAAACUCCUCAGGUCUGCUGUGUAUAUUUUUGCUAAACCUGCAUGACAGACUCUCAGUUCGUCCUCUGCUCCCUCUCUCUGUCUAUAUGUCUCUCUGCCAUCAUUCGUCGUUUAUCCUCACGCAUUGUACAUACCAUCGUAUGACUGGACCUCUGUAUGAUAUACAUUUUGUGGUGCUUUUUUUUUACAGUCUUAAUAUUAUCGAUUUUGGCGAAACAUUUACGUUUAAAGAUGAACAGAUGACCUCUGACCACUAGAGGGCUCCAUAAAGAGCAGCUCAGACUCAGAAUGGACUUUUCCAAUUGGAUUUUUGGAGGAUCUUCAGCUCAGGAGUCGCUCUAAUGGACAAUAAGUUCAGCUGUGCAUUUUUAAACAAGGCUCUUCAUAUAAAUUCCUUUAAAAUACAGAUAUAUAGAAUGUUCUGGCAUAAAGACAAUAUGGCAGUCUAAUAUUUUCUAGAUUCAUGUAUUUAAUCCUGUUCUGUUUCUGUAUCCUCAUUUGUUUCCUAUCAGGAAAACACACACACACUUUCUCAAUCUGUGACUAUCUAAUGACUGUCAUUAUCGUUCAUUAGUAAUCAAGGGAGUCCAUAGGAACUCUGUAUUUCUGAUGUGACAUGAACGACUUAUUGAAUUGAUCUUCAUUCAGAAAAACAAGGAAUGUGAUGGGAAUACAGCCUGAAUGGGACACCAGUCCAUCGUAGGGCAGCAUACACACACACACACACACACACACACACUCACACCUAAGGAGUAAUAUAGAGUCACCAGUCCACCUACUAGAAAUGUUUUGGAGAGGUUGGAGAAAACUGGAUUGUCCAAAAGAAACCUACACAGACAUGGGGAGAACAUGAAGGUUAGAUAGAGAAGCAGCUUUGGGACCAAAAGGUCUCAUCUCAUCUCAUUAUCUCUAGCCGCUUUAUCCUGUCCUACAGGGUC